CGCACGUCCAGAACCGGGCACUCCCGCCGCGCCCAAUCCGCCUCCCGGGCCGCGCCCCGCCACUCCCAGAGCCUGGCACCAGGAUUUCUGCAAUUCUUGGAAAGUCCCGACACUGAGAAGUCUGCGGGGUUUUCAGAGGCUGGGAGUGGAGCCUUAUCCCGAAGACCUUAUUAAAACCGUCUUGGCCCAAGACCAGGCCAGCUGGAGGACUGGUGCCCAGUGACCUUGGAGAGGCCGGCGCCUGCCGUGGGCCUGCCGGGGCCUCCACCCCAGGGGCCGCAGUCUGAGGCCUCCAGGAUCAUGUGGUACGUCAGUACUCGGGGGAUGGCCCCACGGGUUGACUUUGAAGGGGCCCUUUUCUCUGGCUAUGCUCCAGAUGGGGGCCUCUACAUGCCCGAGGAGCUCCCUCAGCUGGACAGAGAGACCCUGCGUCAGUGGAGUGUGGUCUCCUACCCCAGCCUGGUGAAGGAGCUGUGUAGCCUCUUCAUUGGGCCCGAGCUCAUUCCAAGAGAUGACUUAAAUGAUCUGAUCGACCGAGCCUUCAGCAGAUUCCGACACAAAGAGGUGGUCCAUCUAUCCAGGUUGAGGAAUGGGCUGAACGUGCUGGAGCUGUGGCAUGGGGUCACCUAUGCGUUUAAGGACCUGUCCCUGUGCUGCGCUGCACGGUUCCUGCAGUACUUCCUGGAGAAGAGGAAGAAGCACAUCACCGUGGUUGUAGGAACUUCUGGGGACACAGGCAGUGCUGCUAUCGAGAGUGUUCAGGGGGCAGAGAACGUGGACCUCAUUGUUCUGCUGCCCAAAGGUCGCUGCACAAAGAUUCAGGAGCUCCAGAUGACGACAGUGCUGAGAGAGAAUGUCCACGUGUUUGGAGUGGAGGGGAACAGCGAUGAGCUGGACGAGCCCAUCAAGGCCGUGUUUGCCGAUGUGGCCUUUGUCAAGGAGCACAACCUGAUGAGUCUGAAUUCAAUCAACUGGUCCCGCGUCCUCGUGCAAAUGGCCCACCACUUCUUCGCUUAUUUCCGGUGUGCACCAGCCUUAGACUUGCACCCACUGCCCCCCGUGGAGGUGGUUGUACCAUCGGGGGCUGCCGGUAACCUCGCAGCUGGGUUCAUCGCUCAGAAGAUGGGCCUGCCCAUCCACCUGGUUGUGGCAGUGAACUACAAUGACAUCAUCCACAGGACCGUCCAGCGGGGAGACUUCUCUCUGUCUGAGGCCGUCAAACCAACCUUGGCAUCAGCUAUGGACAUUCAGGUGCCGUACAACAUGGAGAGGAUCUUCUGGCUGCUAUCUGGCUCUGACAGCCAGGUGACAAGAGCCCUCAUGGAGCAGUUUGAAAGGACCGGAAGUGUGAGUCUACCCAAGGAAUUGCACAGCAAGCUUUCAGAGGCAGUAACGUCUCAGUCAGUGUCAGACGAGGCCAUCAUCCAGACCAUGGGCCGCUGCUGGGAAGAGAACCAGUACUUGCUGUGCCCUCACUCGGCCGUGGCCGUGAGCUACCAUUACCAGCAGGCAGACAGGCGGCAGCCCAGCCCUCCCCGCUCUUGUCUGGCUCCCGCCUCUGCAGCCAAGUUCCCGGAGGCCGUGCUGGCUGCCGGGCUGACCCCGGAGACUCCCGCGGAGAUCCUCGCCCUGGAGCACAAGGAGGCGCGCUGUACCCCGAUGCGGAAGGGUGACGACUGGACGCGGAUGCUUCGGGGCCUGAUUGAGGACCUGAGCCGGCAGCAGCAGGGGCGCUUCCGGAAAGCGCCGGCGUAGCCAGGCUGGAGCUGGCUUCCUUUAGGCUUCGGACCCUGGGAGGUGUCCCCUCUGAGCUGCCUUGCGCACCUUCUCUCCAUGCUUCGGACCCUGGGAGGUGUCCCCUCUGAGCUGCCUUGUGCACCUUCUCUCCAUGCAGAUGCCUUGUGCACCUUCUCUCCAUGCUUCGGACCCUGGGAGGUGUCUCCUCUGAGCUGCCUUGUGCACGUUCUCU